GAGCCGGGCCAGCCGGAAGGGCGGAGUUGCCGGCGGCCACUUCCGCUUCCGCCGGGGAGGUCCUCCAUGCGCAGUCAUGAGUCGCUUCAAGUUUAUCGAUAUUGGUAUCAACUUGACUGACCCUAUGUUCAGAGGAAUUUAUAGGGGGGUUCAAAAGCAUCAAGAUGACUUACAGGAUGUAAUAGGGAGAGCUGUCGAGAUUGGUGUUAAAAAGUUUAUGAUUACAGGUGGAAAUCUACAAGACAGUAAAGAUGCACUGCAUUUGGCACAAACAAAUGAUAUGUUUUUCAGUACAGUUGGAUGUCAUCCUACAAGAUGUGGUGAAUUUGAAAAGAAUGACCCUGAUCUUUACUUAAAGGAGUUGCUAAAUCUUGCUGAAAACAAUAAAGAGAAAGUUGUGGCAAUAGGAGAAUGUGGACUUGAUUUUGACCGACUGCAGUUUUGUCCCAAAGAUACUCAACUCAAAUACUUUGAAAAACAGUUUGAACUGUCAGAACAAACAAAAUUACCAAUGUUUCUUCAUUGUCGAAACUCACAUGCUGAAUUUUUGGACAUAAUGAAAAGAAAUAGAGAUCGGUGUGUAGGGGGAGUGGUGCAUUCAUUUGAUGGUACCAAGGAAGCAGCAGCUGCUUUGAUUGACUUGGAUCUUUAUAUAGGAUUUAAUGCAUUAUGUAUACAUAUACACGUCAUAUCUGACUAUGGACGAACGGUUUAUUCUGUGACAGUCAUACAUCUCUGCAGGCAAAGAAACCGAGGCUCAAAGAAAUUAGGAAACAGCUCACUGAAAACUGAAGCUAAUUUGGAAGUUUUGAAGUCAAUUCCUAGUGAAAAAUUAAUGAUUGAGACAGAUGCACCUUGGUGUGGAGUCAAAAGUACACAUGCUGGAUCAAAAUAUAUAAGAACUGCAUUUCCUACCAAAAAGAAGUGGGAAAGUGGGCACUGCUCAAAAGACAGAAAUGAACCCUGCCAUAUAAUUCAAAUAUUGGAGAUAAUGUCAGCAGUGAGAGAUGAGGAGCCACUGGAAUUAGCCAAUACACUAUAUAACAAUACUAUUAAAGUAUUUUUUCCUGGAAUAUAAUUGGUAUAUGUCUUCCACUUUCCAUCAUGUAUGUAAAAUUUCAUAGUAAAACUUCCUGAUAGUUUCAAUAAAGAAAUUAUCUGCAA